GAAUAGAUACAGGAGAUUAUAUAGCUGACCCCAAUUAGUUUGUGAUUUACUUAAUACCCAAAUCAAAUUGGUGGAUAUAUAUGAGCCUAAUGGUUUUUAUCAUACUUGUUUUUUUUUUUUUUUUUUAAACAAGGUAAACAUGAACCCCUUGUUGUCGUCAACAUUUUUAGCAGGUAAAUAUGAUGUUUUAUUUUGAAAUGUGUUCCAUAUAUAGAUUAGAUAUAGAUGAUUUGUAUAGCCAUCCUAAUUAGUUUGUGAUUUAGUUAAAUAAAGUUGGUUCUUUUAUUUGUGAUUAUGUAAAAUGAGUUGAAUAUAUAUAUAGAGGAUUUAUAUGGCUGACCCUAAUUAGUUUAUGAUUUACUUAAUACCCAAAUUAAAUUGGUGGAUAUAUAUGAGCCUAAUGGUUUUUAUCACGCUUGGUUUUUUCUAAACAAGGUAAACAUGAACCCCUUGUUGUUAUCAACAUUUUUAGCAGGUAAAUAUGAUGUUUUUGUUUGACAUAUAUUCCAAAUAGAUUAGAUAUAGAGGAUUUUAUAUUAGUCCACCCCAAUUAGUUUGUGAUUUAGUUAGAUAAAGUUGGUUCUUUUAUUUGUGAUUGUGAAUGAAAUUGGUACAAUGGAGUGGAAUAAAUAUAGAAGUUUUAUAUAAUUUAGGGUACUAAGGUAAAAAAAGUUUGUAUUUUUCCCAUGUGAUUCACCAAGAAAAAGAAGAAAAAAAUGGAGCUGAGAAGUAUAUUGUUGCCUCAAUUCACUUGUUUUUUCUCUAAACAAGAGAAACAUCAACCCCUUGUUGUUGUCAACAUUUUUAGCAGGGAGGCUUUCCCCAUUUCAUAUGAUAGGUGGAAAAAUAUUGAAGUACAUUGCAAUAAUGAUCAAAGUAUAAGGCACACACCCCUGUCGAAGCAAGACAAUGCAAAGUUACCUGAGCUAUCCUUUAACCGGCUUCAGCAAACUGAUGAUGGGCACUCUGGAUUGCAAAGGCGGAACUUUGGUCGUUUCAUUGCUCGUGAGGCCGUGCUUGAUGAAGAAUAUUGGACAGCAGCCUGGCUGCGGGCAGAAGCUCAUUGGGAAUCCGUGUCCUAUAUGAGGCAUGUUGACGCAUACAAAAGGAAGUAUGCCGAACAGGAGUUUUACGGUUUAAAGAGAAGAUGUUCUGGUCAGGACGGAAAUUGCUUGAAGUGCUUUUGUUUUGUUGCGGUUAAAAAAGAAGAGCCAAAUGUUAGAAGAACAGUACUUAAAAGUGUGGUGGGAACUUUGGACCUAAGCAUCCGACAAUUUGUACAGCGGGAGAGAUACCCAGGGGAAAUCAAAAAGUUAUCGCCUGUCUUGGCACGUCAAGAUCCCUUUGAUUCACAUAAAUAUGCUUACAUUGCAAAUGUUUGUGUUGCAAAGUUUGCUCGACGUCAGGGUAUUGCUUCAAAUAUGAUACAUUUGGCUGCUGAUGUGGUCAACUUAGAAGGUUUCAGGCAACUCUUUGUUCACGUUAAUGCAGACAACUUACCUGGCCAAGAACUAUACAAAAAAACUGGCUUUAAGAUCGUGGAAGCCGCUUCAUCGUCUUUAUCAAAAGAACAGAGGAUUCUAAUGUCCUUGGAUUUAUAAGCUCCAUUGCUACUUCACUUCCUGACUAUAAAGUGGAUGUGGUAGUUUGUACAUUUAUAUGGUUUGAAGCCAAUAGCUUGUUGGUUGAUGAAUGUAUCUUUGGGUAGACAGACAACUAGUUAGUUACAGAGAUUGUAAUAUAUGUAUAAAGAAGUUGUACGAUUUGUUUGGACUAGGGAAGUGGAUACGUAUCGGAUACAUGUUUAUUGAAGUAUCCAAUACGAGCAUAUCCGGUUAAAAUUUUAGUGUAUUUUGGAGAAUUUGGACUAUGUACUCAUCAUACUCAAUGUCAUAUAUUUUUGGACAUGAA